AUGCCGCUCACUUUGUUGGGCCCGGUCUCUCUGUCGGAGGGAUCGAAGCGACUGGCUCCAGAAACAGAGCCAAUUGCGAUGAGAACCAGAAAGAGAAUGAAAGAGCCAUCCGAGACCCAACAUUCAACCACUACAGAGGAUUCUGCGCAAGAUAUCGAUGAAGUUGAAAAGGGUACCGAUGAAGUCCAACAACGCCGAGGAGAACCUCCUAUUUGGGCCAAUACUCGCCAACAGCUCACUGAUGCUCUUGAGUGGUACCGCUCUAUGCAAGGCGGAGCCGCUCACAAGGAAAAGAAAUGCACUGGCUUCUUGUUGGACGGUGAUAAUGGCGACCGCUCUUUUAUGAAUGACGAAGUCUUCAUUACUCGCAUGGGUGGAGGUUGCGAGAAAGACCAAGCCGGGAGCCUGCACCUCAAAAUGGACCAAUCACCAAAUGGUGUGAUCAUCACAUCGAUCAUGGCUAGUUUUCAAGAACAAAAGCCUGUGGGGGUUGUCAUUGGUUCGAACAAUACACUUCUGAGAAUCGAAAUUCCCCACCGGUACUGUGUUAUGGACUGGUUCCUCAUCACAGAUGUAUGGAUGGAGAAAAUGGGAAAGUAUGCAGGCUACCGAGUCCGUUUGGAGAAACUGAAUUUGUCGACCAAAGGCUGGUGGACAAAGCAGGGGUCCGAUGAGUCUCUCCCACUUCGCCAUUCAAAUCAACCUCCUCCAAGCCAGAAGUGCGGGCAGUGCGGCAAAUCAAGCGUGCAGAUUUACGUCCGACCUGGGUGGACAUGUCUCGAGAAAUCAUGCUCGAAGUUCUGGAAGUUCAGAGAUACCGAGCCCAAGGACUUCGAAUUUCACCCUGAUUUCCUCGACUACCGCCACCCCAGAGGUCCGGAUAUCCCAAACCCUGGUCCCUUGGCCAAAAUCGUGGACCGAAAUACCGAGCCAUUGGAAGGAAUUGCCGAUCGUGAGGAAUGGCGAGGCAUUGUGUGUCCCGAAUGCCGAAAGUGCAUUCAGCGUGUCACCUGGGACAGUUGGGACUGCGCAAACGAUUUCUCUCGGGGCCCUCGAGAGACCUGUUGCUACAAGGUUGUGAGAAAGAUGCGGGAGAUUCCUCUUGAAUCGGUUCUCGAUGGGGUUAAGCCGUACACCUCAAGGCAAAUGGAAGGCAAGCUUGAACCAGUUGUCGACAAGGACUCCCUCAAGCCAUACGAAGUACGCACCUACCAGCUCCCAGGCGUUGGCUUAAUCACACACUUCGUUUCAAACGCCAGUAUCAAUGGGCGUACGGAUGGCCCGAACGAUAUGUUCGGCCAACUUCAGAAGCUGGAUCUUGGUUUGAGACGCUACCCACUUGGAUCAGCUCAAGUGAAAGGGACUCUCACUUGUCACUUUGCGGUCAACUAUGGCGUUCCCUACAAGUACGUGGUCUCGGUGGACUCUAAGGCUUUCAGUGAUGCCCCUGCAGAAAUCCUUACUGCUUUGGGCCGCCUGUCCUGGGCGACUGACAAUGCCGUCACGCGUGCGGGUGAUCAAUAUCAGCCUCCCAAUGAGCUGCUUGCACUUGGAUAUUUUAAAAACAUGAAGAUCGGGUUUCACGAUGACGGUGAAAGCGCUCUGGGCCCGACAAUUGCGACCCUCUCCUUGGGAACCCGGUCAAGAAUGUACAUCCGGAUGAAAGGCAAAUACUACUUUGGAGUCAGCAACUCCAAUAUCCCAACACCGGGUGAUCCCGUUCUGCCACGUUGCAUCAAAGAAGAACAACGGCGAUCCCUCAAGAAAGAUUUUGAAGCGGACAGAAUCACCAAUGAUGUCUACAACAAGCGGCGCAAGGCUAUGCUUCAACGCUCGAAUACUAAACAGCCUCCGAAAUUGCUGACGCUCGAGCUGAAACAUGGGGACCUGGUCGUGAUGCAUGGAGCAGAGUUGCAGAAGUACUACGAGCAUUCGGUGGAGCCCGACAAAGGGCUACGAUUUGCUCUGACUGCGCGAUACAUCGAAUCAAAGAAUGAAGCGGACCUCCAGAAGGGCGAGUUCAAGCUCCAGGACAAUCAAAUUUACGACGGGCAGUGA